CUGCUUCUUCUUCUUUGUUCUCUUCAUUUUCUCUCUCUUCUCUCUUCUCUCUCUCUCUUCCAUUCAUUCAGAAGCAUCCCUUUAAAUAGACUCUCUAUUCAAAACCAUAUCUUCCAACCAAAAAAAGAUUAUCUUUUUAAGGAUAUCCACACAUUCAUACACCAAUUUUCCAUUUUUUUAGUGAUUUUGUCUUAACAACCCAGAAAUCUAGACACAACAAUCUGCAAAAAUAAUCCAUACUCAGAUUUUCUUUCUCUUAAAUAUCUUGUGGGUUUUAUCUCUUUUCCUUUUUCUUUUCUUUAAACCUUUCAUUUUCACCUUCCCAGUUAGAGAGACAAAAUAAAGCUUGUAAUAUAAUUUUUCUUUCUCUCUCUCUUUUUUAUUUAUUUAUAAAAAAACAAUCUUUUUGGGUUUUGAGAAUUGUUGUUGAAGUUGUAUAGCUGAGAGCUUUUGGAUUAAGCUACUCCUAUGGAUGCUGAACUGAAAAAACCUACAGAUGAAAUGAAUAAGAAGAAGCUUUAUGACGAUUCUUCAAAAGCUGAACAUAAUAAUACCAUCAUGGUUCCUUCAAAGGGUGGUGGAAGUUCUCCUUCUGAUGCAAGAUCAUGUGUAUCAUCAAUAGAAGAUGUUAAAGAAGGAGAUGUGGAUCAAGAUUACCAAUCCACAGAUCAGAAUGUUCCUUAUACUGCUGCUGGUAGUUAUUAUGGAUACUACUAUCCAGGUUAUGGUGGUUUUUAUGGUGAGCAAGAAAAUCAAGGAUAUUAUGUUGGUCCUGAUGCCGUCGAUUUUCAGUAUCCUGUCUUGCAAGCAGAUAAUGGAUCUUAUGUCUAUCUCAUGCCAGGAUAUCAGACUGGCUACUCUUCAUACUUUCCUGUGAAUACGCCCGGUGUCGAUGGUCAGUAUCAUGUCUACCCUCCUGGUUCUGUCUAUCAACAACCAAUUGGAUCCCCUGGCUAUUUUCCGGCUUCUUUACCUUAUGCCGAGUUACUUCCAUCAACAUACCCGUGGGAGUCACCUUUAACCACACAAGAUGUAUCACAGGGGAAUGGUUACAACGAAUCAGCCGGUAAACCAAGUGGUAGAUCUAAUUUUUCUUCCCAGAGUCGUGCCGGUAGUGGUAUGGUGUCGAAGUUUAUGCCCCCAUCUGGCAUAAGCAACUCAUCAGAAGUGAAGGGUUCCCCACCAUUAUUAGAUGUCUCGUCAACACAUGUUAAGCAUAACCUGCCAAAACAAGCAAACAAGGCAUCUAUUUCUGGUCCAGUUCUUCAUUCAGAUUCAAUGGCAAAGGGUUCUUUUCCGGUUGCAAAGUUUUCAACAUACAAUCAAGGAAAGAGUGGAUUUCCCUAUCCAAACAACUUUCCUAAUGUGAAAGCAAAUACAAAGGGUUGGGUUAGUACUGAGAAGUUGAAACUGAGAAGCAAGGUUAACGAUUCACUUAACGAACAGAAUCAAGGUCCUAGAACAGCUAAUACAAAAGGUGCAUUAAAUUCUGGAGAUAAUUCUGCGACAACUGUCGAUGGGAGCCGAAAUGGUGAUGGAAAAAUCAGGACAGAUCAGUAUAACCUUCCUGAUUUUCCAACAAAAUACGAUCAUGCACUUUUCUUUGUCAUCAAAUCAUACAGCGAAGACGAUGUCCAUAAGAGCAUCAAGUACGAUGUAUGGGCCAGUACUCCUAACGGGAAUAAGAGACUCGACAAUGCAUUUCAGGAUGCACAGAAUCAAAUGGAAGAGAAAGGAAGCAAGUGUCCUGUAUUCCUUUUCUUUUCGGUCAAUGCUAGUGGUCAAUUUUGUGGAGUAGCCGAGAUGAUCGGUCGAGUGGAUUUCAACAAAAGUAUGGAUUUCUGGCAACAAGAUAAAUGGAAUGGAUAUUUCCCUGUCAAAUGGCACAUUAUAAAAGAUGUUCCAAAUCCUCAAUUACGGCAUAUUAUCCUCGAAAAUAACGAUCACAAGCCUGUAACAAAUAGUCGAGACACACAAGAGGUGCAUUUUCCACAAGGUAUCGAAAUGCUCAACAUUUUCAAGAACUACAUAUCAAGAACAUCGAUAUUAGACGAUUUUGAAUUUUACGAAAGCCGUCAGAAGGUGAUGCAGGAGAAGAAAAUAAGACAACCUAUGCCUCAUACUAAUAUACAGCAUAUAGAUGAGUUAACAACUGCACUUGGAUCAAUAGACAUAUCAACUGUAAAGAACAUGGAAGAUCCUAAGUUGGUUGAGAAAAUGAAUGAUUAAAGAGAAUACAAUCUUAUACUAUUCCUGUGGGCCCCACCAUAUCAUCAUGCAGUUGUAGUUGACACUGCCACCUUGUGAGCUGUGAAGUAAGAGAAUCAUGAAAUUUCAAGAUGAAAGUUCCAAACAAAAAAAAAAAAAAAGAAAAAGAAAAGAUCUUGCUGAUGCUUUUUAGAAGGGAGGAAAAUAAUUUCAUAUGAGAAAAUAAUGGUUGCAUUCCAAA